AGAGUUGAAAAUGGAGCGCAAUGAUGGAUUUGUUUAUUGCUACGGAAAUUUGUUUGGCCUGAUGUUUUACUGGGGAUUAACCACGAUCCGAGUGAGAAGUUCUGGCCGUGGAGGAUCUGUGUCAAACAGAUGGACUGUGGGCUAUGCCUUGUUGGCGCGUCUCUUCAUGGUUACCGGCUUUCUGGGUAGUGUGAUGACUAAGCUGAAGGAUACCGAAAUGGCAGCUGCCAUGUUUGGACACCUUAGUCCGCUGGUCAAGGCGAUUUUUACAUGGGAGUGCCUCAGCUGCUCAAUAACUUAUUUGGAAUUUUGUCUGUCGCUAGAUAUAAAGAGGAGCCGACACCUUAAACUCCUAGUCAGCAUGCAGGAAUUCGAUGAGGGUAUCCUUGAAGUUUUCCCUCAUGUUCAGUGGAGUUAUCAACGAUCUCGGUUAAAAUAUUGGUAUGGCACUGUGAUCGUGGGCUUUUGCUUUUUCUCCUUCUCCAUCUCACUUAUCUUCGAUACGGCGCGUUGCACCUGCGGCAUACCAUCCACUUUGCUGAUGGCCGUUACCUAUACUUUGCUGACCAGUUCCGUGGGAUUGGUUGGAUUUGUUCACAUAGGAAUAAUGGACUUUCUGCGGGUACGUCUGCGGCUGGUACAACAGCUUGUUCUGCAACUUUAUCAAUCCGAUGGAGAUCCAGAGGUACACGAGAAGAUAACAUAUCUUUUCAAUAUGUCCAAGCGCUGCUCUUAUUUUCUGACGGAGUUGAAUGGAGUAUAUGGUUUCGCCGCAGCUGCAGGUAUCUUCUACGACUUUACAAUCAUGACCUGUUUCGUCUACGUCAUCUGCCAAAAGUUGCUUAACAGAGAGCCAUGGGAUCUUGAGUACACCUUUACCCUGCUUCACGUGACCAUACACACCUACAAAGUGAUCAUAACCAGCACAUACGGAUACCUGCUGCAGCGAGAGAAACGCAACUGUAUGCAUUUGUUAAGCCGCUAUUCGAAAUACUUUCCCGGCCAUGAUGUGGCACUCCGGCAGACCGAGGACCUCCAACACUGGCGCAUGCACAAUCGACAGGCGGCAAUGGUGGGCACAACAAUAAAACUCAAUGUCUCCACCAUUUACCUGGUGUACAACGGCAUGGCAAACUAUGUGAUUAUCCUAGUGCAGCUACUUUUCCAGCAGCAGCAGAUCAACGACCGCCAACUGGCUUCGGGCAAGGAUGUAGAUAUUGUUGGACCAAUGGGUCCCAUUACUCAUAUGGAUUAG